AUGACUUCCAAACACCCAUUGAGGCGGUCCUGCGCCUUUUGCCGCGCCCGCAAGAUCAAGUGUUCCAACGAGACCAUCUGCGAGGCAUGCCGGAGGCAAGGAGCCGACUGCAUCUACGAUUUUGAACCGACCCGACCCAAGGCCCGGACCAUCAGCCAGGACAGCUCCCGGUCGGACCCGACGGGCCACGGUGGUGUUCCCGGCCUGCAUAGGCCUCGAUCGUCGACGUGCGAUUCGCUCAACGGCAGCCCCGACAGCGCCAUGGGCGACGACACGGCGCCAACGGAGGAUGUCGAGGACGUUGCCAAGGUCCUUGAGCAAAAGUUCUACGAAAACUUUUCUUCCGACGUCGGUCCGCGCUCCAGUCCGUGGCAGGAGAGGAUAUCGGCCUACCACCGCUCUCAGCAAGCCUCAGCCCGCGGCCGUCCGGCCACCGACACCGUGGCCGCCAAGCUCGCGGCAAAGAGCAUCAAGUACACGGGCAUCCUGUCUCUGCUGACGCACGACCUCGUCGGGCUCGUCUCGGACCAGUUCGGCUCUCUGGGCUGCCACCAUGUCGAAGAUGGCGGCGCUCGCUUCUUCCUUUCAGGCCUCGCCAGCGACGAGACGCAGACCAUGUUCGACAACGCCCCCCCGAGCGGCAACCCGCUCGCCGAGUACGGGCAACGGCAGCAACUGCAGCUCAUUGACGUUUGGUUCUCAACACACCCCCUCUCCUUCUUGGUCUCAAAGACGCUGCUGCUGCGCGAGAACCGCGAGAGCACCCACGACGAGGUCCUCCUGGCCACGAUGCUGGCCGAUGCCAACUUCACCAUCGGGGACGAGGUUUCCGUUGCCCGUGGCCACGUCCUGCUCCGCUGGGCCACCGCCCAGCUGCGCACCCGCCCCUUUAGAGCCGGCGCCAGCCAUGGCCAAAGCGGCGGCGGCGGCGUCUCGACUAGGGUCUUUGAUGGCAUCUCGACGGCCCAGGCGCUCAUGCUCCUGGGCUGGAACGCGCUGUGCUCCUUUCAGAUCCGCCGGGCCUGCUGCUACAUCGGUCUCGCAGGCCGCAUCGCCAGCGAGAUCAAGGAGCAGAUCUCGGGCACGGCGGUACCGGUCACGUCGAGCCGUAUCAACGGCAUCGACGUGUUCGACGUGGAAAAGGAGGUCGUCGCCUACCUCUACUGGACCACCUACUCGCUCAGCCUCUGGGCCUUUAUUCAAAUGGGUCACGGCCACUUCUCGGCAUUGUUGCCCACCUCGCUCACAUCCAUCUUCCUGCCCGUCACCGAGGCUUCGUCCGUCAUCAUCCAGCUCGACCUUGUGUCCGAGAACUUCAGCACCUUGCAGAGGCAAAAGGCCGUUAUCCGCGAGAUGUGGCCGCUGGCCCACAUUGCCAGCGUCGUCGCCUACAUCUUCGCCCUCUACCCCCAGGAGGCCGACGUGACCGACUCGCCCACAACCAGCUUCUGGCAGGAGGCGCCGCUGCUCGCUCUCCAGAGGAUCCAACAGGGCAAGCCGUCGCAGGGAAUUGCGUGCGUCUGCCGCGAGAUUAACCGCGUCUUGAUGGAAAGCAUCCACAUCCUCAACCGGCAGGUCACCGAGGUCUCGUCACGCAGCCUCGUCCUGCUCACUUACCACACCAUGGCCAUCAACUUCCUCUUCCCCCUUCUACCGCCCGGCCAGCGGGACGAGGGCAUCGCCGCCGACGUGCUCGAGCGCUUCUGCGCCUCGGCCCACGAGAUUAUGCAGAUCUUCGACCUGGUAUCGUCGGAGCAACCCCAGGAUCCCUUCGGCGUCACGCCCUCGCUUCGUGCCUCCUUCCCAGACGUCUUCUGCCUUGCCCUCGACACGUGUGCGCGUGCCUUGAGCCUUGUCGACACAAAGAAGAAGAUGGGCUGCCUCUUGGUGGAGGCACCCAUGGCACACGCCUACGAGGCCCGGCUCAAGGCCCUCGCCCAUGGGCUUUACGCCAUGAGCCAGGACGACUUCCUCAACCAGGGCCGCUCUCUUCGAAUGGUGCGCAAGCGCCUCAAGGCCUGCGUGCGGGCCCUCCACGGGUCCAGACCCGGGUCAAACUCCAGCUCGUCGGGCGUCCCCUCCCCGGACAACGCAAGAGCCUCUCUGCCGCACACUCCCAUCCACAGCCCGGCCGCCAUGAUGGCCAGGUCGGACUCGGAUCACAUGUCGACCUUUGUCUCGCCCAUGGAAACGACGGCGGCAACCACAACGCCGUCGACGUCGGUGCCGCCGUCGCUGCACUCAUCAGCGGGGGGCACGCCGGCCAGGAGCUCGAUGCCGUAUAGCCCCGCCGACAAGCCCGACUGGCACACGGCCGACGACCUCUUCCAUAGCAUGCUGGACCACAGUGCGCUGGGGGCGGCGGCCGCGGCAGGGGGCGCAGACCACUUCAGCGCGUCGGACUUGGUGGACCUGCAGCACGCCUGGUUUCCCCAGAUGCCGGGCGUCAUGGACCUGGACAUGUCGGGCUCCAUGCAGUGGGGCUGGCCCGAUGUCAGGGGCGUGGAUGUGACGACGACGACGGCCGCCGCCGCCUCCGACAUGGACUCUGUUCUCUACUACUUUGAGAACGGAUACAACAAGAGACCCUGCUGA